UAAAUGCACUCGGGUACGCUUUCGUCGCUCCUUUUUGUUUCCACGCCAAAGCUACCUUGAGGGGGUGCGCCAAAGUUGCCUUGAGUGUGUGAGUGUGUGCGCCCGCGCACACUCACGACGACGACGUCGCUUGGACUUUCUUCCUUCGGUCAUGACAGAGCAAGCUUUUGUGACCUUGGCGACCAAUGACGGCUACGCCAAGGGAGCCAUGGUUCUGGGCCAGUCCUUGCGCCGCCACAAGACCUCCAAAAAGCUGGCGGCCCUCAUCGGGCCCCAGGUGUCGGAACAGUGCCGGUCCGUGCUGAGGAGGAUCUUCGAUGAGGUUCGAGCGGUGGAUGUGCUAGAUAGCGGCGACGCGGCCCACCUGGCGCUCUUGAAGAGGCCCGAAUUGGGCGUCACCUUCACUAAACUCCACUGUUGGACCCUCACCCAUUACCAAAAGUGCGUCUUCAUGGAUGCAGACACUCUGGUACUUUGCAAUAUAGACGAGCUCUUUGACAGAGAAGAACUGUCAGCCGCCCCCGAUCCCGGCUGGCCCGACUGCUUCAACUCGGGCGUGUUUGUUUUUCGUCCGUCUGUGGAGACUUAUGACAAACUCCUUCAGUACUGCACACAACACGGCAGCUUUGACGGGGGAGACCAGGGGGUUCUGAACGGCUUCUUCAGCGACUGGGCCACGGCUGACAUUUCAAAACACCUCCCCUUCAUCUACAACCUCAGCAGCAUCGCCAUUUAUACGUACCUACCAGCCUUUAAGCACUACGGCGGCAAUGCCAAGGUGGUUCACUUCCUGGGGAAGAGCAAACCUUGGAGCUACGGCUUGGACGCCCAAGCCAAAGGGAUGUUGGGCGGCGCGCAGCCCUCCUUCCUCCUAGACUGGUGGGCCUUGUACUCCGCCGGCGUUGUGCCCAUGCUACAGGAGCAAUAUGGAGACCGGCCCUUCCACUCGGAAUGCACCCUGGAGGCCACGGAGGAGAGCCUGGCGUCCGUGGCCGCGGCGCUCCGCCUGUCGCCGCCGCGGCCAUCUUCCGAGGAGCGCAAGCAGAAAUGGGAGCAAGGCCAGGCCGAUUAUAUGGGGACAGACUCCUUUGACAAUAUCAAGAAGAAGCUCGAUACUUUCCUCAAAUGAGGCGGGGGAAGUGGGGAUGCACUUGCACUCCCACACGCGACAAAUGAACAUUUCGUGGGGGG